GGAGUAUAGAGUCUCCGGUGCCGAGCAUGCCGUGCGCUGUAUUUUGUGUGCAUUGCUGCAUUUUGCGCGCAUUGAGCUGGCGUUGCACCAAAUCGUAAGCAGGAAGGAGUGGACGACGGACGCAGUGCCUUGUGUGUGUGAUUGAGAGAGAGGGAGAGAGAAAGAAUAAUAAAAAAAAAACAACACAUAAUUAAACACGAACGAUGAAGAUGGAGGAUGAUAUGCUCGAGAGCGUGCUAUGGAUGGCGCAUGAGAUUCAGGCCCGGGUAGCGGAGCUUGGUCGCGCUAUCUCGAACGACUUCGACGGACGCUCCUUUGUUGUUCUCGGGGUUGCAACAGGGGCGUUCAUGUUUGUAGCAGACUUAGUACGCCAUAUAUCACUUCCUUUGCAGGUGGACUUCGUCCGGGUUCAAUCAUACGGAAAUAACACAAAGACGUCAGGUGUGGCCACCAUCGGCACGGAUUGUAAAAUAGAUCUGAAAGACAAACACGUUAUUGUGGUGGAGGAUAUAAUUGACACCGGCAUAACCCUCGCGAAGUUGGUAAAUCACCUCGAAUCAAAAGGAGCGACAUCAGUUUCAGUGUGUGUGCUGCUCGACAAAGUUUUUCGCCGUGUCGUACCUCUGAAGCUUUCAGGCUCGGGAAAGUGCUACGUGGGAUUUGAGUGCCCAGAUUACUUCGUAGUUGGCUAUGGAAUGGACUUUGCAGAACGCUUCCGGAGUCUCCCUUGCAUAGGAGUGCUGAAGCCGGAGGUUUAUCAACAGUAGAUGGAUAAUUAAGUUAACAACCUGUUUGCUAUUGCUUCUAAAUUGGGUGGCGGACUUCCGUAGCUAAUUACCUCUGUACACUACCAUUGGGCGUCAUGGAAAUGAAUAUAAGCCCUUAUCCAAUUUUGUAAGUCGGAAGGAGAGAUGGUAUUAGCACAGAUAUUUAAUUUUAUGUUCUUCCCAGAAAUUAAACGAGAAAUUUCUAUUUGGAAUA